UGGACGUACAUUUCUUUACUCGAAAUAUUAAUAAGAUAAAUGGGGAAUGAAAAAAGUGCCCUUAGUGGGCUACAAAUCGACGAGAAAGCUGUAGAAAUAACAGAUUUUUGGGUACAUUAUAUGGCCCGCGUAAAUGGUCACAAUGCUCAAACAGUUUCUGUAUUUGUCAGUGAACCAUCUUUGCAUUAUAGUGCAAAUUUCGGAAAUCCAUCACCUUUAGAAAAAGCUACAAAGAAUCUAAUGUUAUAUAGGCAUCCUUGUAUAUUGAAAUAUGUUUCUUCAUGGUCAAGAGGUAGUAAGUUUUUCCUUGCUACUGAACAAGUUAAGCCUUUAAUUCAGUCAAUAGAAACUCAAAAUACAUUGCAAAUAUGCAUGGGCUUGUAUAAUAUUUUACGUGCACUGGUUUUUCUUCAUGAGAAGGCAUCCACAUCUCAUAACAAUAUUUGUGAAAGUUCUAUCUAUGUUACACCAGAAGGAUGUUGGAAACUUAGUGGAUUAGAAUGCUUAUCUAAAUCUAAGGAAUUAACUACUUCUUAUUUAAAAAAAAUAAGAAACUACAGAUAUGAGAAAGCAAUAUCUUCCAAUGAAGAUACAAUUAUUACCACAACAAAUUUUACAGCAAUUGAUGCAUAUGCGUUUGGAAUUUUAGCAGAAGAUAUAUUAAAGUUAAAGGAUUCAGGUGACGUUCCUAGUUUCUUAGAAUUUAAACAGUUUUGCAAGGAGAAUUUGCAAAAUCCAGACCCAUGUUUAAGAAGUAAAUUAUCCCAUGUACUUCAACAUCCAUUCUUUACUCAUGAUUUCAUGAGGAUAUAUGCAUUUUUGGAAGAGUUACCCUUAAAAAAUAACCAAGAAAAAGAAAUAUUUUUUGGAUCCUUAAUAACACAAUUGAGAACUUUUCCUGAAAAUAUUGUUGCGGAGCAAUUUGGUCGGUUAUUACUUUCAAGAAUGGUUUUACUAGAUGCAACAGCACAAGAAAAGCUUCUACCAUUUGUUUUAGAACCAAAAGAUGGAAAGGACAAUAUAAACAUUAACUUGUUUUCAAUUUCCACAUUUAAAGUCUACUUGGUACCUAAACUAUUACAAAUGUUUUGCAUACGAGAUAUAUCAAUACGUUUAGUACUUUUAUCCCAUUUUAAUUCAUUUGUCCAUACAUUUCAAGUAGAUGAAUUAAAAUCUCAAGUGCUUCCUGAAUUACUUGUUGGAAUUAAAGACACAAACGAUUAUCUUGUAUCUGCAACGUUAAAAGCAUUGGCCAACGUAGUUCCAAUCUUAGGUGCAGCCACUGUGAUUGGCGGAAAAAGAGGAAAGUUGUUCACAGAUGGGCGACCAAAUAAAAUAAAGCAAAAUGAGAAGAUGAACAAUAGUACAAAUAUCGUUCAAUUUACCGUUCCUAUAAAUUCUAUCGAAAAAACCAUUGAUUUACCUGAAAGACCGUCUCCAGAUGGAGGUGAAGAUAAAAAGGAAAUGGUUUCUUCAAUCACAGAAGAAGAAUAUACGUGGUCUGAUUGGGACGUACAAGAAACUGGAGAUAUGCAUUUUCGAAUUUCGCGAUCUUCUGACACAACAUCCUAUUCUAAUAAAAUUUUAAUUUCGGAUUCAACAUUAACAAUUCCUACAGAUUCGGCAAUAAACAUAGAAAAAAUGAAAAUGACAGAAUCAAAAUUAAUAAGAAAGUCAGCUGUUUUAUCUGAUAUUUCAGAGUUAGAUAUAAAAAAUUCGAAGUUAACUGAUUCUCAGAAGGAAGAGUAUGACUUUUUCACAGAUAUGGAGCCUGUGAUAAAGAAGACACAGAUUUUGCAUGUACAGCAACCACAAGCAUUAUCGAAAAGUCUGUUUGACAUAAAAAUAUUGAAUGGAUUAGAAACAUCUGAAGAAAAUAAUGGUUGGGAUGAGGAUUUAAGUGAUUGGGGUUCAGAAGAAACUCAAGAAGUAAAAACCUGAAAAAGUCUAAUGUCUUUUAUCAUAUUUCUCGUAUUUUUAAACAAUAAAUUAAUUAAAAUUGUUUAUUUAAUAUCUGCAAAUAAAAUAUGAGAAGCACCUAUU